GAAUGACGUAAAUUUAAAGUAAAUUGUAACAUUUUUUUGACUAUAUUUAGUAGCACCCUGAUCAUCAUCUGUUGACUGAGUUCACUAAGUGCAUCUCACCCGAUAAAACUAACUGUUGAAAGGAUUUGUAGAUAAAUAUUUUGAGUGUAAAGUUUAUACAUUUAUGAGUCCUGACCAAGGGCAGUUGUGAAAAAUGCAACUACAGGCCCUCUGGCAGGAAUCCAACCAGCUGCACCCUUACUUUUGUAUAUAUACAUGAACGUGUGGUUAGAGCUUGACAUCUGGACUUUGUAGCUUAGUUAGUUAGAGCACUGGACCGGAACCGCAGAGACGCAUGUUUGAUUCCUGCUAGAUGGCCUAUAGAUGCAUUUAAAUAGAGAGAUCUAUGCCCAUAUUCUAAAAGCUUACUCACACUCGAUGAGUGGAGGUUCAAUCUGAGCUUCUCUUGAGUGUCAAUGCUGUUUUGGAAUAGGGAAGGUAAGUAGUCACUGAGUACGAAGUGACACUAGCCCUCCAGCUGUUCAAAAAUAACAUUGACACUCAAGGCAAGCUCAGAUUGAACCUCCACUCACUGAGUGUGAGUGAGCUUUUAGAAUACGGGUGUUAAAUGGUGCACUGCCAGGACAAUUUGCCUCUUUUGUUCAUAGAUAUGUGGAUUCAUUUGAGCAUAAAAGGCAAAUAUUGCAGUAACAAUAUCCACAGCAAUAAAGAGUACUUGUAUUGAGUAUUAAUAUUAUUAUGAUUAUAUAGUGAUUUGAUGCAGGUUGAUGGUAAAGUGUACAAAGUCAUUUUUCUGGAAAAAGCAACCAUCACUGAGUGCAAUAUAAAAAUUAAGCAAUAUUCCAGUGACAUGUAUCACAAGAGAUAUCUGUUGAAGAGGGCUUGGAUUGGUUUAUUGGCCUUCUCACCUUCAAGUGAUUUGCAACCUGUCAUGGAGAAAGUUUUUGGAUAUUUUACAUGCAUAUAAAAAAAUAAUAAUUGUAAUAGAUGCUUUCUCUGAAAGAGUAACUAAUAAAAGAUGAUGCUUUGGGGCAUAUUUCUGCUUAAUGGAGCUGUAAUAAUAUCAUAUUCAACAAUUUAAUAAAUUAAAAAUUCAAUAAUAAUUUUAAUAAUAAUAAGUUUUAUAAUAAUUUUAUUACAAUAAAUACAUUUAUUAUUAUGUAUUAAAUUAACAAUAUUAACCUCCAAAUUUUAUUCUAUUCCUGUUCACAUGUGCCUGCCUGAGUGUUCGUGUUGAAAUUGUUGCUUCAGUUUUUACAUACUAAUAAGAAUUAGAUGCUGUACCUUGUGAAUGUUCUAACGCAAACUAGUUCGAACAAGUAACAUUUGAAUAUAAACUAGAAUACCGGUGUUCCCGGAAGUCCAACAACAAGCCAUUGUUGGGUGGUGAUCAGGUGAAUCUUGUUUGAAAAUAUUACAAACAUGACACUAUGCAGACUGCAGUUCGGCCAGUUCCUGACUUGAUGAAAUAAAUGAACAGCAAAAUUAUGUACAUCCAUGUUGUCCAAUAUGUCUUUUGCCUGAACUUUGUCAUUCACAAAUACCACUUUCACCAAAUUCUUCAAAUAUGACCUUGUUUAAUUAUAUAUUUUCUUGACAACUGUCCCUGUAUAUGCCUGUAUGGCACCAUUUAAAUUUCCUAAACAUCAAACAAAAAAUUGUUGGCAAGUACAUAACAGAUCUAUAUUUUGAUCUAUAAAUUCUUAACAACACAUUGCUCAAAGCUCGCAAAUAUUCAAACGUUCUAGUUAACACAGGUGAAUACAUGCAUUUCAAUAGUGCAUUGAUAAAAAUCAUUACUAUAUUUACCAUGUAUUUAGUUAAUAUUCUACAUUACAGCAGAGUUAUCCCAGGAUAUCGAUAAAUAAAUUCUCACCUUCUAUAUUAAAAAUAUUUCUCACCGAUUUCUUGUUUUUUUGUUAGCAUCAAUUCCACUUUACUAUAUUGUCUUUUCAGUAUAUUAAUUUAUGUACCACUGCUUCUAUUCAAUAUAUAUUAAAACCACAACAUUUUAAUCCAACUUGUCUCAAUUUGAUACAAAUCUAAAACAUUUUACUCGCUCAUGAGAACGGCGCCAUUUUCGCAAGCCACUGAUCUCAAUACAGCAAGUGGGGACACUUUGUCCCCACUUUUGGCUCACUUGAAACAUUUUAUUCUAGGCCUCUCAGGAGCCGUCACCUCAUUAAUAUGCCGAAACGCGCAAUAGGCGAACUAAGAGGCCUAGGGACUAGGCUGUUUGCUUCCCAAGAGCAAAGAGCCUGGGAACGAGGUUGUCGCUGUUCCCGAGUCACCCGAGUACGUUUUCGUUAAUUGGUCUUUGUGGUUUGAGUGGUUUGAUUGCCUUUAGCUUUGAGUUCGUUGACCUUGCAUUUGUUUCAGUAUUUUUAAAUUCACAUCUUCAUAAUGGUCAGAUAUUUGGAAACUAAGGUAAGGAUAUAUUUAAAGCAUGAAGCAGAUACAGAAUUUUAUAAGGCAGACUUUAUUUUAAUAUAUACUGCCAAUUUCGUGACUAGCUUUUAUGAUAGAUCACAUACUUAGAUAUAUCAACAUUUCGAGUGUUGAAAGUAAACCAAAUGUUUUAUUGCAGUGUUUCGACCAAUGUUUAGUUUAAAAUUUGUAAUAUAAGCGUUACAAUACCGUUUAAUACAGUUAUACAAAGUAGUUGAGACUGUCAUAUUUACACAAUAUGGAAUGAAAGCGUUGUUUUGGUAUUAACCAGCUUAAAUGUCUCCAGAUCAAAGCCAUAGAAUGUCAAAGCGUCCCCAGUCAGUUUAAUAGGUCAAAUUCAUUGGCUAAUCCUCAUUGGCUAUAAAUACAAUUAUUUGCAUUGCUUAAACUUAGCAAUAGAGAAAAAUCUUGAUCGAGCAUUCCAAAUUCUUUAUUCAAAGGCUACGAAGCUAAUAGAUUCAUAAUCAAACAAACAACAAAAUGCUUGAUUUCAUAGUCGGAUUAAUGCACCUAUCAAUGUUAACCCCGAGGGGGGGGGGGGGGGGCAAAGGGUGGGGAUUUGAUCAAUCAGGUGGUCCCAUGGGUCGGGAUUUGGACUGACACUUUUUUUCUAAGUGGCCCGAGGGUGGGGAUUUUUGACAGAUUAACACUGAUCUUAGACGAUAUACUGAAGAAACCUGAGCCAAUUUUAGAACAAACUCUGACUCGUCCCCAGUUGCCCGCGUUGUAGCUGUCAACGCCUAACUCGCGAACAGGCAUAUUCUCCCGCACUAAAAUGUAAUGAGGGACUGUGGAAGAGUCAGGAACAAACUGAAGACUGGGCACUAGUUCAUCGCGCAUUGUUUUUAUAAGAAAUAUGGAGAUUUCUAGACAAGAAAUAAACACUUAUAAGCCAUUUUAUAAUUAUAUUAAUAUCGAUUUAUACUUAUAUGUUAAAAGCACAUUAUGUACUACUUAAAACACGAGUAGGAGUGUGUUUUAUCAGAUAUAAAACGCGAGGCGCACAACUUAAAAUACGACUACAAAAGAAUACUAAUUAUAUAAGAAUACUGACAAUUAUAUAAGAAUAUUGUGUUUUAUUAGCCUGUGUCCAGUCCACUACACCAUGGUGUAGCGGACUGGAACACAGGCUAGAGUUUUAUUAUAAACUCACUUCAUGUGACAUGAUAUGGCUGACAUGAUUUGCCGCAAGGUAUAUAAAUUAUUAAUGAGAACAGGUAGGCAAUUUGUCUGAGUAUGCGCGCAGAAAAUCAAUAUGGCGACGUAUAUUAGGAGUGUUUCGUGGAUUUAUCUGGUUUUAAAGCUGAUAAAACAACAUUUUAAUGAACGAAAACUUUGUAAUAUUUAGUGGAAAUCAUUAAGCUGUGCAUUCCAAAGGUUUUAAAUUAAAAAUAAGUACUUUUGCUUUAUUUUAUUGCUUUUUACGCUUUGAAAACAGGCAAGCUCAUAUUUUUUGAAAAAAUCUUAUCUAAUAUUUUACCCAUUAUUUGUUUAAUAUGAACAAAAAUAGAUAGAACACUUGGCUAUAUAAGUUAUAAAGGUAUUGUUAGCUGAUCUGAAAGAUUUCAGUAUUUCAGGUACACAUUUUAACAAAGAAUAAAAUUAAAAUAUAUGCAUAUCAAAAACAAUGGUUUUUAUUAGAACAACACAGAAUAAGUUGUUAUUUUCUAUUUUUACAAAAAACAAGUUUGAAAACAGGAUCUAGUCCUCCAGCUUGAUGUCAUAUUCCAUUUAUUUGGAUAUUUGAAUAAAGGAAUGUGAAAUAAUAAUUGAAACUUGACCAAAAUUUGAUACCAACAUUGGAGUGAAUAGAUACUAUCACCUAAAAAUAAAAGAAAACAGAACUUAAAUUUAUCAUAUAAUGCUAUGAAAAAAUCUUAGAUAUUACAAGCAUAUAGUGAACACAACUCUUUAACAAAUUCACUAAAAUAAGUUAAGUUAUGCUACGAUAAGAGGAUGGCAAUAUAUGACAACAUCAAAUGUUACCAUCUUCAGUGUCCAAAAAAAGUGCCGCGCGCAUUUUUCGUGGUCGCAUAACUGCCAUUGCCACAAACCCAGGUGAAAAAGCAAUUAGAAAAACCUGGUUUUGGGUGAUGAGCAUAGUCAAAUUCUUGACUUAUUCAAUUUUCUAAGUUUUUCCAGGUAAACAGAUCCAACAUUGAAAUAAGCCCCAUUCGGAACCUCGUAGGGUCCAAAAUAUUGUGUAUGGACCAGAUUUUUUUCAAUUUUCUGUGAUUUACAUAACACUAGUUAUAAUUUAAGGCUCAACCAGUAUUGUUCAAGACAUAUUUUCCUUCCAGAACACCUUUUCAAAAUACUAACCCAAGCAUGUCAAAAAUAGUGUACAUUUACAGGGGCAAUUUCAACCCUUUGGCACAUUUUUCCCAUGAAUGAUUUUAAUUCUAAUAUAAAGACUAUAGAUAAAACUUAGAUUUGAAGCUAGUUUCAAGUGAUGAGCAUACCCUAAAUUUUAAGCUAUACCUCAAAGAAGAUAGGUCAUUUCAACAUAAACAUUGAAAUAUGAGUAUACUUACAGCUCUGUCACACGUGUAGUUUGACAUUAGCAGACCUUCCGAAACAUUUUAAUGAAAGUAUAAUUCACAAAUUUCACAAUUUCACUUACUUCUUAUAUAUAGUCUAUUCCAAAGAUGAUUUCGACGUACUUUAGCUUUUCAGAAACCGUUGGCCUUCCUCAGUGAGAUUAUCAACUGUUUCACAAACAUAUUUGAUAGUAAACAGCUAAAAUAUUCUCUGAAAGUCUAUAUUUUUGCUCUUCGACGCGAAAAUGGAAACUCAAGAAGAAAUGAGCCGCUAUUUUUGGUCAGCGUCGACAAAUUGCCUACCUGUUAUUAAUGAGUAUUUUAAGUUAUUUUGAAACGUUCUUUAUAUUUGUUAUACUUUUAAAUUAUACCGCCAAAUGUAUUUGUCACCUGACAUGUAGAGUGCACCAGAAACCAAAUACUUCAGGAAUACAAUUUCGUCCCGGGGGUGGGGAAUUUUGCCCAGGAAUUUUCUCCCGAGGGAAUGCCAUUUGACAUUUGUUUUUGUAAAAAUGUCAAAUCCCCACCCCUUGCCGACCCCCCUUCCUGACCCCCCUUCCCUCAGGGUUAACAUUGAUAGGUGCAUAACAUGAACUAUUUUCCAAAAGAUAUAUUAUUAUUAAAACAUGAAGUCAUGAACCUACAUGUAGACUUCUUGAGAUUAUUAUCAGACUAUUACUUUUGGUUGCACUUGAAUAUUUUAUUUUGAUUGAUUGCAUUAUUGCAGUGCCAGCUGGUACAUAGCCAGCCAUGGGGGGCGAGGCCUAAAGUGCCAAAUACAUAAAAGUACUGUUCUAAAAGCGGGGGGACAUUGUCCCCAGAAAAUUUUUCAAUUGUAAGGUUAGCAAAACGCUCCCACGGGCAUAUUUGGCAUGGCCUUUUUGUGAUCUUUAUGCCACAGAUUUUGGUAUAUUUUAUGACAUAGCAGCCCUCGAAAACCGUCAAAAUGCCAACCUAAAUCUAACCUAGGUCGGCACGUCUCAGAAUUUUUGUAAAUCUGUUUCCAUGUCUUGGAGCACUAGUUAUCACGUAUUUGCGAAUCAUUGAAAUCAGAAUACAAAGCAUGCUUUUUUCCGUGGAAACGCUAACUACAGUUAGUAACACACAGCUUUUCUUUUGGAGUCUUACUAAAUUAUAUAUAGAAUACUCGUCAAUUUUUAAACCUUACACCAAAGUGUCUUUACUUAAUCGAACUACAAAUCAAAUUCUAUAAUCGCUGACUUUUCAACAGCUAUCGGCACCAACAAAUUUUUACUUAUUAAGGUAAAACAUUUGCCGACCUGGGAGGUUGAUAGGUCGGCUUUUAGGUCAGCAUUGCUGAAUGCCGACCUCGUUUUCAAGGGCUGCCAUAGAUGAAAUAUUUAUGAGAUUAACAAAGCAUGUACAUAAUAAACUAAUAAAUAUAAAACGUCAAAUUAAUAUAUAAAGAAAUUACAAUAUUGAUCUUGUUUACAAAAGGUGGGGGGGGGGGCAGUCUUCCCCCUUGGCUAUGUGCAGGCCUGUGCACCAGAUUAUUUUGGGACUUUAACAGGAGAUCUGCUGCAGCAGGUUAAUGUCAAAGAUUGCUGCAGAAAAGGAUUUUGCUGCAGAAAAGGAAUAAAAUUACUGCAUUGAAGCUGACCAAAAUAGAAAUAAAUAAAUAACAGGCCUUGAAUUUAGUGGCGGCCACUGGCCGUCGAUGCCCUGCUUGUUGGCCGCUAUGCCCUCAAAAUAUACUGAAAUCCAUGGCCAGUAGUGGCCUGCCCUCAACCCCAGACUACAGUACUUAUAAGCUUUAGAAUACCAAGUGUAUGAUUUGUAAAAUUGGCAAUAAAUUUAAAAUAGUAUUUAAAUGCACCUUUCUGUCAGUCUGUCUGUUGAAUCAUGUAUUAAAAUAUCCGAUUAUUCCAUAGUUGUGUUUGGCAUUUUUUUAAUAUUGUUGCUGUUCUGUAUAUUUUUCUUGUCUCAUGGAAACUCAAACGUUAUUUGAAACUUCAAAAUAGCAAUUGAAUAAAAUUUUCAAACUGGCCUUGAAUCUUGAUGCCCUGUGUACUGGCCUUGAUGCCCUGAAAAACUUAGUAACAUUCAAGGUACAUUCAAGGUACAUUCAAGGACAAACUGGCCUUACCUUUAUUUUUCUCAAAUUCGAGGCCUGAAAUAAUGUAUUUUUUUGUUACAAUACAUUUAACUGUUUGCCUGUUGUGGACAUAUACAGUAUGGCUAAAUUGUGAGUAGAUAGUGUUUAUAAGUGGUCAGCAAUAUUGCAGUAGCUAGGGUAAAGCCAUAAAUCACGUCUGUUGUAAGUUCCCAGUGCAGCACCACCAGUUUCCAGCUUUGCAGUUGCGGCUAAUAUCAAUGUAAAUAUGUAGCUUAAGUUUUUGGUUUACGAAACACAAACAGUGCUCAAUACCAUAUAGAUAGAGCAUAAUAUAGAUAGAGCAUAAUAUAGACCACCUGAUGAUUCCUAUACGGAUGAAACAGACUGUUGUGGUUUUUUGAGGUAAAAUGAAAAACAAUGUAAAUAUGUAUAUAGUUUCAAAUACGUCACAAUGAUUCAUUGUAAUUGAAUAGCAUGAUCAAAUUAGGAUAAGAUCUUCAUUGUUGUUAGGACUUGUGGUGAGAUGAUGGUAAUCUAAAACUCACGCUGCAAAUAUAAUAUUUUAAAUCAAAUAAAAUUGAUAGAAUACAGUCCCUUUGAAUGUUGAUUUGUCUGAAAACCAGUGUGGCAUUGGUAUGAGUCUCAGAAAGUUCUGCAAAAACUUGUGCAGAUUCCUAUGGCUGCCAAAGUGUACUUUCCAGUUUCCACUAUGGAUUUUGGUGCACAGACUUGUCCACAAUUUUCCACUGGUCCACAAUUCAAUUACUUCUGGUGCACAUAUUAUAAUGGCUGAUUGGGUUGUAGGGUUGUUUCCCAGAGGCGUAGCCAGGGCUGGGGCCGGGGGGCCUGGCCCCCCUGGCAAAAUUUUUGCCCCCUCCUGAUAAAAUGUAUUGUAUAAAAAAGGGAAUCCUUGAUUAUAUAGCUUCAUGCUGUCAAUAAAGAAAAAUUUUUGCAGAAUAUAUGCUUUGCUGCGCAUCAGUAUUCACUUAUUUGCGGCACACAGCUUGAAACACAUACCUUUUCUAACCCUAAUUAUUUCAAUAUGUAUUAAAUGAGGGUUAGAUGAAGUUUAGACCAAUCUGUUUUUUUACCAGUGAAUUUUUAACGCGGGCUCGGUGAAAAAUCACAUGUGUCGACAAUCAAUUUUACCCAGCACUGCACAGAAUGCCUUGCGCGAACUUUUCGUUUUACUUGUUUUUGUUUAUUUCAUUGUUAUAUUUAGUCAGUUCAAAUUAUUAUAUUGAAUAAGGAUAAAAGUAUAUAACAAAUAUAAAAUAAAACAUUAACAUACAUAUACAUUUAAUUAUAUAUAUUCAAAGUGGAAGAUAUUAUAUUUGUAUAUUUACAGUAAAGAAGGUGAUAAUAUAUUUUAAACUAUUCUACAUCAAUUAUUGAGCUAAUCGACAUAAUCGUAAUUUACUAAUUUAACGACUAAAUUAAGAUUUAAAACUAGAUAAUUUUAUUUUACCAUUUUCGAAAGUUCAAAUAUCGUAAAAUAUUAAGCCAAAAUAUUCCAUUUUUGUAGUUUCUCGCCUGAUCCCAAUUAUAAAAGUUGUAGGCAUUGCAAUCUAACUAAAUGAAUAACUAACAACUAAUAUAAGUAAUUAACAACUUUGACGUGCUUUAUCCCACUUGCACAACCUUGUUUUUAGCGGAUUUCUCACAUGCUUAAAUUUGGAUUUAAGAUCAGCACAUUGUACUAUAACUUUACAAGUGCCCCCAAAACGCUGGAAAUGCCCUUUUAAGGCGGUUUUCCACUAGGCGAAAUUUUUCGACCGAAUCGAAAUUUUCUUUUGUCUUACAAACACUCAGAUGGAACUAAACCAAAAGCUUUUGAAUUUGAACAAUAGAAAUUUCGGUUCGAUCGAAAAAUUUCGCCUAGUGGAAAACCGCCUUUAGUGUACCAGAAAUAAAAAAAAAUUCGGGUAGCAUACCACCGGACCUUCCUAAUUUGGAGUACUAGUCCGUCCCGCCCCCCCCCCCCCAUUUUUUGGUAUGGAUUGACGCCAUUGGCGUCUUGAGUCGCUGGCGGCUUGGCCCCACCUGAGUUUUUGCUGGCCCCCAUGGCCCAAAAAUCCUGGCUACGCCUCUGUUGUUUCCACUAAGCUACAUACUAAUGAGUCGUCGCUUUGUUAAUUAUGUCUUCAACCAAUCAGAGGGGAAGUGCAAAUAAAUAUUUCAAUCAAAGCAUCAUGAUCACUUGAUCAUGAAAUUUCAUCCUUAAUUAAAAAUUACACAGGCAUUGCCAAAGAUCUAUAUUAAUAAUAGCUAUAAGUAAUACUGAUAUUUUUGCCUAUAAUAUUUUAGGCAGACUUUGACAAGUUCCUUGAGGAAAAUAAAGAUAAAUUAGUUGUCAUAGAUUUCACAGCAGCUUGGUGUGGACCGUGCCAAACAAUUGCUCCAUUUUUUGAGGUGAGAUGUGCAGUGUUGAAGUUUCAAUAUUGGUCAAGGGUAUCAAUCCUGCAAUUUGCAGACUGCAAAGAAGAUGGGAUACAUCCUUCCACUUUAUGGAGCCCUCUCCUAAAUUGAUAUUCUAUUGUGCUGUAAUUAUAAUUACAAUUUCCAUCAAUUGGCGAGCUUCAUGAUUAUGCCCAACACUUCCUCCUAUUUCAGUCAAUAUUCAAAAAAUGUAUUAAUUUUGCAACAUAAUUGGUGUAAUGUUACAACAUGCAUGGGUGGGAAAAAAUAAUGGAACAUUGGUCCAAGAAUAUGUUUUAGGCCGACUCAGUAAAAAUAAUUUUUCAAAAUCGAAAGAAAAAUCUUUCAAAAAGAAUUCAAUGUAAUGUUGAAUGGUCGUAAGAACCAUUACUGGUACCAAAAUUGAUAGACUGAAAUGUUACACACCAUUGCCACAAAUACCAUACCCUGGUUGCCACAAGAACCUCUGGAACUAUGCAGGGUACUAAUACCACUGUAUAAAUUAAAUCAUGCAGUAUUGCUGAAGCUAGACCAACUUUGCAAUAUAGGCCAUGGGGUAGCAUUUUAUUACUGCCUAUAAUACUAUGACUCACAAUUUUAUGUUUACUACAUGUGUUUGAUAUUAUGUCUAGUCACUAACUGGCAAAUAUACCAAUGCUGCAUUUGCUAAAGUGGAUGUUGAUGCAAAUGAGGUUUGUGAUUUUGUUUUAUGA